AUGAUGGCGAAGGAGAUUCCAUGCUUCGAGUUGAACACCGGAGCAAACAUUCCCUCAGUCGGCCUUGGCACGUGGCAGUCCGAGCCUGGCCUCGUCGGUCAAGCUGUUGAAAUCGCCGUCAAGGUUGGGUACCGCCAUAUUGACUGUGCUCGAGCGUAUGGAAAUGAAAAGGAGAUAGGUUCAGUUUUAAAGAAGAUGUUUGAUGAUGGAGUUGUUAAGAGGGAGGAUUUAUUUAUUACCUCCAAACUCUGGUGUACCGAUCAUGCACCAGAAGAUGUACCUAUGGCAUUAGAUAAAUCAUUGGAAGAAUUGCAACUUGACUAUCUUGAUUUGUAUCUUAUUCAUUGGCCUGUCCGAAGGAGGAAGGGGUCUGUUGGCUUUAAACCAGAAGAUCUUGUUCCUGCGGAUAUACCAAACACAUGGAAGGCCAUGGAAGCACUCUAUGAUGCUGGUAAGGCCCGGGCUAUUGGGGUUAGCAAUUUCUCCACCAAAAAGCUGGGCGAUCUAUUGGAUGUAGCUCGUAUUCCACCAGCUGUCAACCAAAUUGAGUGCCAUCCAUCAUGGCAGCAGACCAAACUGCGAGAAUUCUGUAAAUCCAAGGGAGUUCACCUCUCCGGAUAUUCACCACUUGGCUCGCCUGGCACAGUAUGGCUUAAAAGUGAUGUCAUCAAACAUCCUGUUAUAGUUACUACUGCAGAAAAAUUGGGUAAAACACCCGCACAGGUUGCCAUUCGAUGGGGUUUACAGAUGGGCCAUAGCGUACUUCCCAAGAGCACACAUGAAUCAAGGAUUAAAGAGAACUUUGAUGUUUUUGAUUGGUCUAUACCCGAUGACUUAUUUGCCAAGUUCUCCAAAAUUGAUCAGGCAAGACUGAUUAGAGGUACUUCAUUUGUCGAUGAGAAGUUCGGCUCAUACAGAACUGUUGAAGAUCUGUGGGAUGGUGAGCUUUAA